UGAAAAACCCUAGUGGAAAAGAAGCAAGAAAAACCUUUAAAUAAAAUAAAAAUAAAACAAACUCAAAAACCUUAAACCUCAGCCAGCAACCAGGCCAGAAGAUGAAGAAAACCCAAAAACCAAACAAAGAAAAAGAGGAAAUAAUGAGUAAUACCUCAAACACCAUAACCAAGACGAACGAGUCAGAGAUAUUUGCUUCAUGUUCCUUCUCCAGCCUUGGCCUCCACUCCUCUUUGUGUGACCAACUCCGAGAAAGGUUGGGUUUUGAAGCUCCAACUCUCGUUCAAGCUCAAGCUAUUCCUGUUAUACUCUCUGGUCGUCAUAUACUUGUUAACGCAGAAACGGGGUCUGGAAAAACAAUAGCUUAUUUGGCUCCUAUCAUUCAUCACUUGCAGGAUUACAGUCCCCGAGUUGAGCGCAAUCAGGGUACUUUUGCGUUGGUCCUUGUACCAACGCGUGAGUUAUGCAUGCAGGUGUAUGAGAUUCUGCAGAAGUUAUUGCAUCGUUUCCAUUGGAUUGUCCCUGGUUAUGUAAUGGGUGGCGAAAACAGGAAUAAAGAGAAAGCCAGGCUGCGAAAAGGCAUUUCUAUUCUUAUUGCAACUCCUGGACGGCUGUUGGAUCACUUAAAAAAUACAUCGUCUUUCACACACACAAAUUUGCGUUGGAUAAUUUUUGAUGAAGCAGACAGAAUUCUGGAAUUAGGAUUUGGCAAAGAUAUUGAAGAGAUAUUGGAUCUUUUGGGUUCUAGGCCAAAUGCAUAUGCUGAAAAAGGAAAAUCCUCUGAAUUUCCAAGACAGAAUUUGCUAUUAUCAGCUACAUUAAAUGAAAAAGUAAAUCAUCUUGCCAAAAUUAGUUUAGAAAAUCCCAUUAUGAUUGGUCUUGACAGCAUGAAGGUGCAACCAGAUUCAUCAAUUAACCAAACUGGACCUUUGGGAUCUGAUGUGGAUGAGGACCUUGAUAACUCAAGCAAGUUAGUAAGUUCUUCAAGUGGAGACUAUAAGCUGCCAGCUCAGUUGGUUCAGAGAUAUGUCAAGGUACCAUGUGGUUCACGGCUCGCUGUACUUCUUUCCAUACUAAAGCAUCUUUUUGAGAGAGAAGCUUCCCAAAAGAUUGUGCUAUUCUUUUCAACAUGUGAUGCGGUAGAUUUUCACUAUACAUUGUUGAGUGAAUUCCAGUGGUCACCCUACUCACAAUUUGAAGAAGAACUUAAGCAGAUCUUUCUGAAGUGCAAAACUUUCCGGUUACAUGGGAAUAUGAAGCAGGAAGACAGAAGAACCACCUUUAGUGCCUUUAAAACAGAAAAAUCGGCUCUUCUUGUGUCUACAGAUGUUGCUGCUAGGGGCCUAGAUUUUCCAAAAGUUAGAUGUAUCGUACAGUAUGAUUCUCCAGGGGAGGCCACUGAAUAUGUGCAUAGAGUAGGUAGGACUGCUCGACUGGGUGAAAGAGGAGAAUCCUUACUAUUUCUACAACCAAUAGAAGUGGAUUACUUGCAAGACCUUGAGAAACAUGGUGUGUCACUGACAGAGUAUCCACUCCUCAAAAUAUUAGAUUCUUUCCCUUUGCAUGGUCAAACACACCAUGUCAAGAAGUAUGUUUCAUUAGAAUCACAUCCCUGGGUGGUAUCUCUUCAGAAGGAGCUUGAAUCAUAUGUUUUGGCUGAGCCAAAGAUUAAGAAACUAGCAAAGGAUGCGUUUUGCUCUUGGGUGCGCGCAUACACAGCCCACCGUGGAGAUCUGAAAGGAAUUUUCAUGGUGAAGAAACUUCAUUUAGGGCAUGUUGCAAAAAGUUUUGCAUUGAAGGAGCAGCCAUCAUUGGUAGGAAAAUCAUUCCAAAAUCAGUGGAAAAAGAGGAAGAGGGAUCAGAAGCAGAAAGGGCUAUUCAAAAAGAGGAAAGUUGCCCGUAAAACAUGAAUCUAAGAUGAGAAUUCAAAGCAUCAUAAUUUGAGCACAUUCCUGGUUUCUCACCUUCACACCAUGUAUGAAACUAAUGAAGUGCUUGUAUUAUUAUUUUUUAAACUAUUAUUCAUAUAUUCACAGUCAACAACAACAAAAAACUAAGCUUUGUAUCUCAUAAUUUUAUAAUGGAGUCGGUUGUAUGAAAAGAAAAAAAAAAUCAUGUUAAGUUGUAGUUUUGAGACUUUUUAUUCAAUUCUCUCUAGUGUUCUCUUUUCUCCUUUUUUAUGGGAGAAAUUUAAGAAAAUGCAUAACUUAUUUGUACAGUUUUGCCAAAAUUUAUAGGAUUGACUCAAAUUAGGACUAUUUGGUCAAUGUAUGUGAAAAUUUCCGGGGUUCAUUUGAUAAUAGUAAAUUAUGUUGUGGCAAAAACAAAAUCAUCUAAACUAAAGGGGCUUUCAUGCAAUUAUUAACAUUAAAAACCGAAAAAGUUCCUCUGCUCUGAACACCCCCUUGAACUCCUCUUUUGUUUCUGUCGAUAUUGAAAUGAUAUUUCAUGGUUCAACUAAAUAACGCAACCAACAAAAAAAAAAAAACCAUAAAAAUAUAACAAAUAAAAAUGAUAGAAUCAAUCAGUAGGCGG